CCCUGAAAUUACAAAAAAAAGAUGAUGUCCGUUGUAUAUAUCUCUGUGAAAUAACCAUUAAAUUAAUAUUCUCAAAAUCUGUGACUGGUUCUAUUGUUUCUUCUGAGUUCUUUGCAAAAAAUUUAUUCAAAUAGGAAAGAAAAAAACAGUUCAAGUUUAUGUACUCACAUUUUAAACUGAUCGAAUUAUGGCUGAUAAAUUUUUAAAAUGGUGCCUUACAAAAAACGGACGCAAUGCAGCUUCUAUCGCUGCAUUUGGGGCAAUUGGAACUGUUACAUUUGCCCAUGUAGCACCUCACACUUUUUUAAUUGACUAUUAUGUUGAUUUUCUCCAUCAUUAUAGAAACGGCGUUGCUGUGCGUCUGACCGAUGAAACAAAACAAAAGUUUGAAAAAGUGUUGGAUUUAUUAGAAGUUGAUCCUUCAAAGAGACAUUUGUAUAAUCCCUUCAAUAUAGUUGGCUUUAAUGUAGGGGCUAUUGGAUCUUUAUACACUAAAUGGGGUAUUCGAGUCGGAAUUCCUGGUAAUUUUGCUUUUAAAAGAGAAACAGAAAUUGAUACUUCUCGAAUCAUUAUUGUUGGUGAAAAAUUGGCUUCUUGGGAAACGGAAUCUGGAAAGAAAUUACGUAAAUCACUUAUAAUAUCAGAGAAUGCUCAAAAUUUCGCAAUAGCCAGAGAAAUAAAAAUGAAGGAAACUCCAAAACUGAUCAUCGAUACUGUUAUUGGAACAACAAGUUCUUUUGCAACUUAUGCAAUUUCCAGAGCGAUCAAUAUGAAAUAUAACUUGUAUGCCAAACCCUUAUUAGUACGUAUGGUCAUGUAUUCUUUGGUCACUUGCUUCACAUUAGGUAAUUAUUUCUUAGUAAAGGACGGUAGUCAAGUGUAUUAUGAAGAAGCUAUUGAUAAAGAAUUAAAAAAUAAAUCCCAAGAGUUUGCUGAAGGUGGUAAAGAAUAUUAUACAAAGCUAUUACUCAGAAAUAUAUGUUUGAGAAAUUUAUUAGGAAAGGAAGGUGAAAGUUUGUUUAGCCCUCUAGGAAAUGAAAAUUACUUUAUACGAAUGAGAACGCUGCCUUUGAUGCAAAGGAGAGAUUUUUUUGAAUAAAUUAUAACCUUGUU